UGCAGCUAUUUGUAGGACGCGCCGGGCGGCAGCCAGUGGCUGAGGUAAGCGAGAGGAGUCAGGCAGGCUGAGAGACACCCAUUGUGUGGCUGCGGUCGCUCCGGACGUGCUGAGCUGGAUGAAUUGUUGAUUUUCCUGCAGCAGCAGUCGCAGCUCUAAAGCCCUAGAUCCACAAAAUACACAUUACUGUAAAACAAAAAGAAAAAUGACGGACACAAAGAGGCAGUCAGUCCAGAACAGGCAGCGGAGCACCGGAGCAGACAUGGCCGAAGCGAUGCUGCUGACAGACGACGCUUUUGCUGAAUCUUACUCGGAGAAGGAAGGCCCCGCCACAAAGCUCGUGUGGAGGAACGUCAUUCUGAUGGUUUUGCUGCACCUCGGAGCGGUUUACGGCCUCUUCAUCGUCACAUCUGCCUCUAAAUUAACCCUGCUCUGGAGUGCUGUGUGUUUCAUGGUAAGUGCUCUGGGGGUGACAGCAGGGGCUCAUCGCCUUUGGAGCCACAGGUCUUACAAAGCUAAACUGCCACUGAGAAUCUUCCUGGCCGUUGCAAACUCCAUGGCUUUUCAGAAUGAUAUCUUUGAGUGGGCUAGAGACCACCGCGCCCACCAUAAGUUUUCAGAGACCAAUGCAGACCCACACAAUGCCACCCGAGGGUUCUUCUUUGCCCACAUUGGCUGGCUGCUGGUUCGUAAGCACCCAGAUGUCAUUGAGAAAGGAGCCAAGCUUGACCUCAGUGACCUCAAGGCAGAUGGAGUGGUGAUGUUCCAAAGAAGGCACUAUAAGCUCUCCAUACUGGUGAUGUGCUUCCUUUUCCCCACGCUGGUGCCUUGGUAUCUGUGGGGGGAGGACUUUUGGGUGGCUUACUUCGUCCCAGGGCUCCUGAGAUACACUGUGGUCCUUAACGCCACCUGGCUGGUCAAUAGUGCGGCACACAUGUGGGGUAUGAGGCCUUACGACAGCAGUAUUAACCCAAGAGAGAACAGAUUUGUGGCCUUCAGUGCUGUGGGGGAGGGCUUCCACAACUAUCACCACACCUUCCCCUAUGACUACGCUGCCAGCGAGUUCGGCAGCCGGCUGAACAUCACAAAGGGCUUUAUUGAUCUCAUGUGCUUCUUUGGCCUGGCCAAGGACUGCAAGAAAGUUUCUCCUGACACGGUCAUGGCCCGGGUACAGCGCACUGGGGAUGGUAGUCACAAAAGUGGUUAGGUCUCUAUUACGUUUCAGAAGCAAAACACAUGUGAUGACAAGCCAGAUACAAUAUUUCCAAACAUUUGCAGUGAGCGUGCAGUGAAGAUCCUAGUAAUGCCUCCACUCUUACAACAAACUAAGAAUUCUUGUCUGGGGUAUGUAGACUAAUACUGGCUUUAGGACCACUGUCCAUUUAGUUCAUUUAGAUGCAGAGUUUGUUUGGGAAACAUGACUGGCUCUUAUUCUGCCUCAGAGGCGGGAGCUGUUGCAGUACUGUUUAAACAGGCACACGUCUGUUCUGUUUAAACAGUAAAAUGCAGCUUUAAUGUAAGAGAAUCACGCCACCAAACUAUGCAGGCUGUCCAAUUCCAGCUCAUAUAACAUCAUAUACAGUAUAUGUGUGCUAUUAAUCUCUUACAUAUUAGCACAUUUAGUUACAUUUUCAUCGUCAGAAUUUGCUGUAAAACUAAAUUUUGGAAAUCAUUCAUGCUUCAAAAGCAACAUUUGCGUUAUUGUGUACAGGAUGGGUUUUUUUUACCCACUGAACCUCAACUAAAUUGAAUUGGUAAAGUGAAACAGAUCAACUAAACUGCCCGUCAGAACUGCUGAUACCCCAGUAAGUAUAAACAAUGCUGGAUGAAAUUUACUAUAUUGUCGAUUCAUUGCUCAAAGAAAGAAAGCACUUAUUUUUUUUUUAAAGAAAAAAAAAAAAAUUAACAUGCCAUAUUUAUAAGUGCCCCUGAAUUUUGUACUUUGUGCACAUUCAAAUGUAAUAUUUGAUGAGGUUUUUCUGUCAUACACAAUUCUCAGGAUUGUCCUUGCCCCCUGGUUUCACAGUGAGUCAAAGUCAUCUGAAUAAGUUUGCACAUUGUAUAAAAAAAUAAAGGAAAAAAAAAAGGUUGAUGUGAGGAUCACGAUCCAACUGGAAGGUUUAGCUCUGCACCAUCAUCUUAACCAGUGGAUUUCAAACCAGCCCUAAAAGCCCCCCAGAUAGUUUAUAUUUUUUGUUCAGUACCAGCUCCCAACACAUCAGGAUAGAGCAACAUUUUAAACAUUCUUCUAAUCUGGAUCUGGAAUUUGGCUUUGAUGUCUGAUUUGAGAAUUUACUGAUACAUCAUGAUACUUCAAAGCAAGUUACCAACACAGUUACCUUUUUGCAUGGCUUUAUCUCUUUGUCUCUUUAGUGCACACCCAUGGUUACCUCCCACAGACAAAAAAUACAAAUUUUAUCUCACUGAACUAUCAAGCACUGUCCGCUGUUCAUUAAAGCCAUUCUUUUAACAAGCGUUACAGAUUGGCAAGCUUUGAAUCACUCUAGAAGUUACUUAAGAUUUUCUCAAUGUGUUUAUUUAUUUAAGCCAAAAUUAAAUGUGAUUUGCACUUUAAAGUACUAUAGAUGGUUUUAGUGCCUAUAAUCCUGAAAACUUCAUUUAAAUUCAUAUAAACUGGAAUGUAGUGAUCUUAUUUAACCUGUUUAAAUGAAAGAGGCUGUAUAUCCAAAACCUUCCAGGAGAUAAUCGUGUUAAAAUUAGGGUUGACCAAAUAUUUGAUAAAUAACUUUAGCUUGUUAAAAUAUCUUUAGAUAUUUUAGAAGAUUUGUACUUGAAUUUCAUUUACGAGACACUCUUGAGUUUUUUUUUCAUUUACCCCUAAUUUAAAGUUUUAGUGGCUGUAAGAAUUUUCCUUUGUAUUUUGCCAAUCAGACAAGUUCUUGUGCAUUUGAACUUUGUUCAUAUGACUAGAACAUCCAACCAAAUUCAUAUCAGUGUAAAAAUAUAUUUUGCUUGGCUAUGAUUUGUCUGUGUGAGGGCUAGUACCAUCAAUUAGCCAUUGCAUCACUGCAUCACACACCACCACAACAUAAACUACUGAAUAAAAGAAACUUUUAAUUUUUGGUUAAAAUGUUUACUUUUUUGUGUUAAUUGAGUAUACUUAAAAUGUUGUUACUGUUUUGCUCUCUCUCUCUUAGGUUUGUUUCUCCAUAUGUCUAUUUUUAAUUGAGCAAGUACUCAUAUUAGAGUAAAAUAUUUUUCCACCCCUGCUACAAAAAAAUGGUGUGCAUGUAAAUGUUAAAUAAUGUGUUUAGUUUGCUAUGGACCAAAGUGUAAGUGAUUUUUUUGUGUUUCCACCUAAAAACUUUGCUUUAUCCUAUCAUAUAUCAUGUUGAUCCUUACAGCUGGACUUUCAGUUGUGAUCUGGUUAAGAAUGACUAAAAUGAAGCUCCCUGGUCUAUAGAAAACACUGAAAACAAUUGAAGAGCAGGUUACUGGCCUGUUACUCGUUCUGGUCUGUUUCUCAUUGUACACAUGCUGUGUAUAAAUACUGUAUGCUUUCUUGCAUUAACUACUGAUAUUUUACACCUAAAACAUAUUUACAUUUGUACUGUUUCUCAGUAUUUUAACUUUAUUUCAGUAAACUUGACCUGUGGUGAGAGCUUUAAAACAGGCACCAUUUCAAAGGCUUUCACAUAAAUGAAGCAAGUUGUCUAUAGUAGAAAAAGGUUUGUUAGUUGUGCAGUGAGUUUAUGAAUCCUUAAUAAUAAUUGAAAUAAAUUAAACGUGUACAAUUUUCUUAAUCAAAUAAAAUUUGUUGAAAAAUGA